GACCAUCCGUGGUACAGGAGGAGCCAGGAGGUGUGAAGCUGGGAGGAUCAGGGAGCAGCCAUGACGUCACCAGAGUUUAAAGUGGGCCGCGCUUCGUCCGAAGAGAGGAGAGGGAAGACGGGAGGAAGGAGCUGCGGUCAUCUGGUCUCACCUGCUCGGGUUUAAGUCCAGAAACUACCUGCAGCCAGAGUUUCAAGGCUUCCUGAAGAUGAAGGAGUGUGUCGCGCAGUGACUCCUCUUGUGUUUGCAAGCGUCAACUUUUCCAUUGGAAGGAUGCUGAAACAAAGGCUUUGACCUGUCAUCACCUCUCCCGGCGAGUGUCUGCAUCUGAGCACAGCUGCACUUCUGUCACUUUGUGCUUCCGCAGCGCAUCAGCAUUCAUAAAGAAACGUCCAGGGACCACAGGCUGUAAGAUUAGGAUGGGGUCACCAGUUGCCCUGCUGGCUUGGCUCCUCAUUCUAAGCUUCACCACUAAUGGCUUUAGUCUCAACCCCGAUGACCCCAAUGUCUGCAGCCACUGGGAGAGCUAUGCAGUCACUGUCCAGGAGUCUUAUGCUCAUCCAUUUGACCAGAUCUACUACACGAGAUGCACAGACAUCCUCAACUGGUUCAAAUGCACAAGACACAGGAUCAGCUAUAAGACAGCUUACCGACGGGGAGUGAGGACCAUGUAUCGGCGCCGCUCGCAGUGUUGCCCUGGUUACUUUGAGAGCGGAGACUUGUGUGUUCCACUGUGUACUGAGGAGUGUGUCCAUGGCCGCUGCGUGUCGCCUGAUUCAUGCCAGUGUGAGCCUGGAUGGGGAGGAUUGGACUGCUCCAGUGCAAGCACAGCCAAUGGAACAGGCUGUGAGAAUGACUUCUGGGGACCUCACUGCAGCAACCGGUGCCAGUGCCAAAAUGGGGCCAAGUGUAACCCCAUCACAGGUGCCUGUGUUUGCACAGAUGGGUACCAGGGAUGGCGCUGUGAGGAGCCCUGUGAGCACGGUUACUAUGGCAAGGGGUGUCAGUUACCUUGUCAGUGUCUCAAUGGGGCUACUUGCAGCCAUGAAACUGGGGAGUGUAUCUGUCCGCCGGGGUACACAGGAGCCUUCUGUGGAGAGCGCUGCCCCUUCGGUAGUCAUGGGUCUCAGUGUGAACAGCGGUGCCCCUGUCAGAAUGGAGGAACAUGCCACCACAUCACCGGAGACUGCUCCUGCCCCUCCGGCUGGACGGGUUCCGUUUGUGCCCAGCCCUGUCCACUAGGCAAGUAUGGGGUAAACUGCAGCAAAGACUGUUCUUGUCGCAACGGUGGACUGUGUGAUCACGUUACAGGGCAAUGCCGGUGUGCAGCUGGCUUCAGUGGACGCAGAUGCCAAGAGGACUGUCCCGUGGGGACGUACGGUCCACAAUGCAAGCAGAAGUGCGAGUGCCAGAAUAAUGCAAAAUGUCACCACAUCACCGGAGCCUGUUUGUGUGAGACCGGGUUUAAAGGCCCCAAUUGCCAAGAACGAUUCUGUCCUCCGGGCUUGUACGGUUUCAUAUGUGACAAGUACUGCCCCUGUAACAGCAGCAACACUGUGAGCUGCCAUCCACUUUCUGGUGAAUGCACUUGCUCUGCAGGAUGGACAGGGCUUUACUGUAAUGAGACCUGCUCACCUGGAUACUAUGGAGAGGGCUGCAUGCUCUCCUGCAGCUGUGCCAACCAAGCUGAGUGUCAUCCUGUCACAGGAGUCUGCAUCUGUGCCCCUGGCUUCAUGGGUGAGGACUGUGCAACAUUGUGUCCUCCUGGUCUGUUUGGACCAAGCUGUAUGUUCACCUGCUCCUGCCACAAUCAUGCAUCCUGCUCCCCGCAUGAUGGCUCCUGCAGCUGCAGGGAAGGCUGGCAGGGUGUGGACUGCUCCAUCCUGUGUUCCAGUGGAACUUGGGGUCUGGGAUGUAACCAGACAUGCUUGUGUGGAUAUGGCGCUGCAUGUGACCCUUUAGAUGGAACCUGCGCUUGCUCUCCUGGGUGGAGGGGGGAACACUGUAAUGAGUCCUGCCCAGAUGGCACCUUUGGAUUAGAGUGUCGUGAGCGCUGUCACUGCGGCCACGCUGACGGCUGUGACCCUGUGAGUGGCCACUGUCGCUGCCACCCUGGCUGGACAGGAAUCCACUGUGACAACGUGUGCCUGCAAGGCUUCUGGGGACCCAACUGUUCGUUCAGCUGUUCCUGUCAGAACGGAGGCUCCUGUUCUCCUGAGGAUGGCACAUGUGUGUGCGCACCUGGAUACCGAGGGACCUCAUGCAAAAGAACCUGUUCGCCGGGGUUCUACGGGCACCGAUGCAGCCAGACGUGUCCACAGUGUGUGCACAGCACCGGGCCAUGCCAUCAUGUCACCGGUCAGUGUGAGUGCUUGUCCGGCUUCUCUGGCUCUCUGUGCAAUCAAGUGUGUCCAAAUGGCAGGUACGGCAAGGGCUGUGCUGAGAUUUGCCUCUGCACCAACAACGGCACCUGCAACCCCAUUGACGGCUCCUGCCAAUGCUACCCCGGUUGGAUAGGAGGCGAUUGUUCUCAAGUCUGUCCCUCUGGGCACUGGGGCCCUGACUGUCUCAACUCGUGCAGCUGUCACAACGGAGCCCAGUGCAGCCCCUAUGAUGGGGAGUGCAGGUGCAGCCCCGGCUGGACUGGUCUCUACUGCACACAGAGCUGCCCUUCUGGGUUCUAUGGCAGGGACUGCUCAGAGGUUUGCCACUGCCAGAACGGCGCAGACUGCGACCACAUCACGGGUCUGUGUGCUUGCCGCACAGGCUUCAUUGGGACCAACUGUGAUCAGAAGUGCCCCGCUGGUACAUUUGGAUACGGCUGCCAGCAGCUGUGUGAGUGCCUGAACAAUGCUACCUGUGACUAUGUGACGGGAACUUGCUACUGCAGCUCCGGAUAUAAAGGCAUCCGCUGUGAUCAAGCAGCUCUGAUGAUGGAGGAGCUGAACCCAUACACAAAGAUUAGCCCAGCACGAGGCUCGGAGCGCCAGUCUGCAGGGGCUGUCAUGGGCAUCAUCUUCCUGCUCCUCAUCAUCAUGGCAAUGCUCAGUCUGUUUGUGUGGUACAGACAGAGGCAGAGGGACAAGGGCCAUGAGAUCCAGCCAAGUGUGUCCUACACACAGACAAUGCAAAUCAGCAACACUGACUAUUCUCUUUCAGAAUGUGGCAGUACAGUGGCGAUGAGAAGCAGUGGAGCUGAAAUCAAUCAGAGCCAGAACAGCAGCAUCAGCGGCAGCAACCAGUGCUUUUCCAACCCCAGCUACCACACCGUGGCUCAGUGUAAUGUGGUCUCAACUAUUUCCAGCAACCUGGACGGCACUUUGACACUCAAAUCAAGCACAUUGAAAAGCAGAAACGGUGCUGAGUGGAGAGCCUAUUGUAACAUGAACGGCAUAGAGGUUCAACAGGGUGAAAUACAGACUCAAAGAAGCUCACGAAAAGAUUACGUCAAGAGUUCCAUGUGUAGCAACAGUUCCUGCUCCCUGAACAGCGAUAAUCCUUACGCCACCAUUAGGGACCCACCAGGGCUGCCCUGCAAGCACACCGAGAGCAGUUACGUGGACAUGAAAUCCCCCUCCCACAGAGAAGUGCCCUUUGGCGGCACCGCCACCCUCCUGGGCACUGUGAGCAGGAACGUCUAUGAAGUUGAGCCAACUGUAAGCAUUCUGCAGGGACCCAACGGAAUGGCCACCGGCUUCUCCCAGAGUCCCUAUGACCUUCCGUGCAGCAGCCACAUUCCCAGCCAUUACGACAUUCUCCCCAUGCGCCACAGUCCGACACAGACAGCCCCUCCAUCUCCAGAAGAUCCCAGCUCCCUGCUCUAGAGUGCAUAUCCUCCACCUGACCCCGACAGUGUGCAGGCAGCUGGGAAAUCAGCUUUCAGCAAACAGCCUUCCCGUUGUUUCUGUGUGUGUUUGAUAAGAAGCUCAGACUGAAAAACAGCUUCUGCUCUUCUGGAUCCUGGUCUCUUAGGCACUUUCUCACUCACUCUAUUCUUUCAAAACUGAAUGAAACUUUAUUCUUAAUUUGCUUUUUCAAGAAGGAGGUGAAGGAUGAGCGAGUGUCCUACACCCCAGCGACCAUUCACCCAUUUAAUUCUGUAUUUUAAAGAGAUCGCUCUGACUGCUGCCUGGUCUGUUUAUGGACCUGUCGAGGUGGAACAGGAUUGUUCCAAACACUGCUGAAGGCAGCCUUACAUGAAUUGAGUGGACAGUUUAUUUGCAGGAUGAGAGCUGUUCCCUUACUCAUUUUCAUGCCAUGAUAUAGAUAUCAUAUUUAAGAGCAGCCAAGUGUUUAUAAUAUCUCUUUAACAGUGAUUGCCCCCACAGGAAGAAGAUGAUUACAGCCUUGACUGUGUUUGCAAGGAUUUGUAACACACAGCUUCUGCAGCAGAUGCGGAUCCCAGUACCUCGAAAAUGAACUGUUACUGCUAAACUACUCUGAAGUGAAGGAUCGUUUGAGCAAAAGUGGAGAAUUAUCUGUUUUGAAUGUGAAAGGAGAGCACCUGUAGUCAGAAGACGCAUGAAUGAGUACAAAAUGAACGCAGUGGGUUUGUAUUCACUGUUCAGUAAUUAUGGUACAGUUUAUACUAAUAUAAGAUAAGAUUUAUUGUUAGUGAGGCCAUGUGUGUCCGGUUGUGGCCCGGUCCUUGUGUUACACUGAGAGACAUCGAGUACGUCUUAAAGUUUGGAAUAUUUUGACAACAAUAAUGAAGUGCUCCAGUCUUGUGUAGUUUUAUCUGUGAAAUCCUUCUUUUUGCAAUUGUCUUGUUUUUUGGGUUUUUUUUUGUUCUUUUUUAAUAAUUGAUGUUGGGAAUAAUUUAUAGCUUUGAACUGUUAUGGUUUGUAUUUAUAAAUCUAAUUACUUUGCUUGUUAAUUUAUAUUAAGUGAAGAUGUUUUUUUUAUCAGUGUGAUAUAUAAUAAAAAAAGAUGAGCAUGAACAGAUAAGGAAAGCCACCUUUGUAGAUAAAACACAAUUCAUUUCCUUGUGAGUUUUUCGUUCUGUGCAUUGUUUUUUAAACUCACAAAAAAAUGUUCUCUGUUGAUUUGUGGAUGAAAAAAACAAAAUAUUCCAUCAGCCCAGCUAAGGAUGCGAAAACACCCUGUGCAGCAUUUACAACAGCAACCAUUUGUAUAAAGUCAAUUUCUACAAAUAUUAUCUUUGUAUCAGGAUAAAUAUUGUUCAUUCUUAGUGAAAUCCGUUUGUUCAUUAAUUAUGUGAAUUCCAAUUUACACUCUGUCGAAGCAAUAACAUGUUGACAAUCGAUGCACAGAAAGUGUUCCAUCAAUUCCUUCUGCCAUCUUUGACCAGUAUAGUGACGGUUUAUCAGACUUUUUGUGACUGUUUGUCCUCUUAGUUCCUGUCGUCUCAAAGCUGGUUGUUGAUUUAGUACCUCGGUUUGUUUCAAAUUAAAUCCCCAUUCUGCGUCAGAAA